AUGGCUCCGCCCUCAGCGGAAAGCAAGCCAAUGUACCAGAAGGACGAGAAAGCGCUUUGCUUUCACGGUGAGCUUCUGUAUGAGGCCAAGGUUCUUGAAGUGAGGCGGCAGGAUCCCAAGGACAAGACGAGUGCCUCUGAGUACCGUGUCCACUACAAAGGAUGGAAGAACACUUGGGACGACUGGGUACCACAAGAUCGCCUGCGCAAACUUACAGACGACAAUCGCGAGUUGGCUGCAAAUCUCCGACGAGAACUUCUUGCUCAAAACGCUCAAAGCGCUCAGAAACCGGUGGCCAAACCUAUGGGCAAGACUCGACGUGGUCAGGAUUCCGAAAUGGGGUCUGGGAGAGGUAGCGAGGAGCGGACUUCAUCCAUACCAGCUGGAGGUGGAAGAGGCUCAAAGCGAGUUCGGGACAAUGAUAUUGAGAAGGUUAGUGGUAUUUCCUACGUUCCCCCUGCCCAAAUGCUCUGA